AUGUUAGCCUCCUUGGUAGCCAUGCUCUGUCUCCUUUUGGAGCUUCUCCAAUACCCCUUUCAAAGGCAUCAAAAGACCCUUGACGACUGCGCGGAUGUCAGUGAUCUUGACGACAGUGUAUGCUCGGAAGGGUCCUCCGUCAGAAGCGAGUGCAGCUCCUGCGGCGAUUCCGCCAUUGCCACGGAGUUGUCCCGAGCCUUUCUCAAGAAUCGAAGAUUGAUCCUGACCAACUUUGUAGCUCGCUCCACUUCCAAAGAUGUCUUGGAACUGUGCGAACUUCUGGAACAGUACCACCAAAACUCACAAAAGCUCCGAUCCAUUACCUUCCGCGACAUUGUACAUGGAGCCAACUACCGAAGAUGGCUAUUCAAAAAGACCAGUCUCUACCGUCGUGUCCUCCAUGUGGCCGACCAGUUGAACAUUGAAGUUCAGUUUGAAGCCACUGUAGAGAUUUGCACUGAAUGCAUGUCGCCAAAGGCCAUGAUCUCUCUUUUGGAUGCCCUCAAAGCAGAUGCCGAUGUCAAGUCAGUUGUCUUGUCGGGGAGUCUCUACUUUCGUGACGCCAUGUGUGUGGUCGGUGCCCUACGAAACUUGUUGGCCAAUGACCACCGACACUGGCAAACUGUCUCCCUCAGUGGCUUGCACUUUGCGGCGUCCAGACCUAUGGAUGCCAAAAUGGCACGCAAAUCCUGUUACAGAACCCUCCAGAAGAUUGCAGCACAACGCUACAUUUCUGUGCAGAUGCAGUGA